AUGGCGAAACGCCCCAGGAGUCCCUCUCCUAGCAAGGAUGCUUCGGGAGAUUCAGACCACGAUUAUUGGAUCUCUGAGAUUAUCGACGAUCGCGCAUCCCAAUUCCAGGCCUUCUUCUCCCCAACCAUGCCAGCAAAGGAGCUACAGAAUCUGGAUCGAAUCAAAGAUGCUUCUCACCGUAUUCUAGCAUGGAGAAAACCCUCAUCGCAAAGAACUCUAGUGGGUGGCGUGCAUACGCUCGAAACUGGUACAGACGAUGAUGGAGAGCGAUAUGGAGGCCGUCACGUACUCAAAAUCCUCGAGGAAAUGCGUGUGGAGGGUGCUCUUGUCGUCGCGCGUUAUUAUGGGGGUGUCAUGCUUGGUCCUGUUCGGUUUGCCCAUAUCGAGAAUUCUGCCAGGGACGCGAUCCGGGCUUGGCGGCAAAACGAUGACAGCGAAGGCCAGAAGCGUAGGCGAAUCGAGGACGAAGAUAUGGAGAAAGCGAGUUUGAUCGUCGAACUGGCGGAUCGAGACCAGAACAUCCUGGUAUUGAGGCGGCUUCUAGAGGAUAAGACGAAAGAAACACAGCCCCAUGCAGAACAGAAACCCCACUCACGGCCCCCUAUACCGGCACCUGAUUACAGUAGCAUGCCUCUUGAGCGCCUGCGACAGUUCGACAAAGCACGAGACAGCACUGUCGCGUUUCUUCUGAAGAAGAUUGAUGAAGCAGAAAAGCAGAUUAGCCUAAAACACGGGAGCCCCGAAAUCCGCGAAACUGGUAGUGGCACCGAGAACAACUCCAGUACAGACCCGAAGCAUGACAAACGUGCACCUCUCAUGCCCUUCGAAGAGGAAGAAUCGAGCGAUGAUAACGAUAACAGCUAA